AUGCCACUAUCACUAAUCUGGGUAUUAUUGGCGCUAGAUCUAUACAUAUGGAAUCUACCAUACUCGGAAGCUCUUCCCAACAGUGCUGUCUAUGGUUGUCCAAACGCAAACCGAGGCAUUGUCUUGACUAUUGAUGAUGGACCAUCUAAUACUACAAACGCAAUGUUGGACACGUUGAAAGCAUUAAAAGUGAAGGCCACCUUCUUUGUGGUGGGAGUCAAUGUGGUCAACCAUGAAGCCGAAGUGAAGAGAAUGGUUGCCGAGGGACACGAGGUUGGAUCACACACGUGGUCGCAUCAAAACCUCACAAGGCUCGUCGAAAACAAGGAUUUUGAAGCUCUUCGAACUCAAGUUGAUGAAUAUCAUGAGUAUUUACACCGGCUUACCGGAAAACCGAUACGAUAUUUGAGGCCGCCUUAUGGAACUUGCUCCGUUGGCGUGAAUAGAUACCUUCGCGAACGUGACAUCGUUCCCAUACAGUGGAACAGCGGCUGUAUCGAUUGGUACAACCAUAAUAUGACUAUAGAGCUGCCAUUUCUCGUGAAUGGAAUGGCUGAUUCGGGCGCUAUAAUAUGCCUGCACGAUCAACAAUCUACUGUGGACGGUAUGCCUGAUCUAGUGGAGGCCUUUACGGGGACAAAUACGACUAGAUAUAUCAAUCCGCAGGGACGGAAGAUCAUUACUCUAGACGAGUGUUUGCACGUUUGCGAUGAGGAAGAACCUUUCCUCCAUGGUCAAGUGUAA